CGAAACACACAACACUGUUACUCUUCUCUCAUCUCCUCCUUAGUGAUAUUUCACCAAAUUACCAACACACUUAAUCACUAAUCAACCUAACCUAGUCUCCCUCUUCCUCUAAAAUCCCUAAUUCUUGCUUCAAUCUCCGUUACCCAAUCUCUAGAUCCCGUGAAACUGUUUUGAUUUUUGAGUAAAAUGUCGAGACUGGCAAAAUGGAAGCUGGAGAAAGCCAAAGUCAAAGUCGUCUUUCGAUUGCAGUUUCACGCUACCCAUGUUCCACAAGCGGGAUGGGACAAGCUAUUCAUUUCUUUCAUUCCCGCUGACUCCGUAAAAGCUACAGCAAAGACAACUAAAGCACCUGUGAGAAAUGGAACUUGCAAGUGGGGGGAUCCAAUCUAUGAAACUACAAGGCUGCUUCAGGAUACUAGGACCAAUUUUGAAGAAGAACUCUAUGAGAUGCACUCAAGGAACUUAUAUCUGGUAGUAUUCUCCAACAUUCUACGAGAAACUUUUCUUGAAGCAAGUGUUGACAUAAGGACCAUGAAAGCGAAAAUUGAUGAACUUGGAUGGCAGCUAGAGCUUUCAACAGAGGCCAAGGAAAUAUUGAAGCAGAGGCUAGAUAUUGCUUUGGACGAGGUUUGCUCCCUGAAUGAGGAGAAAACCACAUGCAUUGCCAAAUGGAAUGCUGUAGAUUUGCAGAAUCAAAGUUUAGAGGCAAUUUUGCAGAAUAUUACUCAUGAAAACCUCAUCCUUCUGCAAAAGAUUGAUGAACUGGAAACUGUAGUGUUGGAGUCCAAGAGUUGGAAGACCAAUUAUGAGACUUUCAUUUUAGCAGCAGAUAUCCAGAUUGUUUUCACAAGAACUGAAUGGGAGACUUAUGCUGACAAGCUCCACAAGGAACAUUUUGAGGUACUGACUGCGUUCAAUGACUCUCAUAAUGUAGGAGCUCAGCAUAUGGAUGCUAAUAUAAAGUUGUUGGCAGAUCUCGACUCCGUAAAAUCAGAAUUGAAAAUUGAGAGAAGUUUGAGAAACAACUUAGACAGAAGAGUUGAAGAACUCGCCUCUGAGUUAGAUGAAAAGCAUUUGUUGUUGAAGAACUUUGAUUUGCAGAAAUCUCAAGUGGAACUUUUGGAGAAGAUGGCAGCUGAGCUGGAAUCUGCAAAGUCUUCUCAACGUUUGGAGUAUGUUAGAAAUGCUCAACGAGAGUCUUCUUUUAUAGAAGAACUGUUUCAAUGUCUAAUGGCUGCAGAUGUUCAGCUUAUUUUUACAAAGAUCCAGUCUGAGAUCUGUAUCAAUGACAUUGAAGAACAACUUAGCUGCUGCUCUAAUAGCCACCUUGGGGAGAGUUUGAAAACGUCCAAAGAGCUAGAAUCAAGGAGAGAAUUAGUACAACGUUGCAGCUCUCAGAAAAAUAUUGAGAUGGAAGAAAAUGAUAGAUUAAUAAAUAUUGAGCUGUCAGAGUUGGCUGACAAAAAUACAAUUGCAGUCUCUUCAGGCGACUUGGUGAACCGUGAGCAAAGGGAAGUUGCUUGUUUUGAUCCUACAGUGCGGAUCAUCAGUCCCUGGUCAAAAAUUCAGGGAGCUAUUCAAUCGAGCAGUGUAAAUGGAAACAGAGACCAAUUACCUUCCGGAGAAGCAAGGGCGCUGGACAAAAGUGAAGAAAGCCUAGCUUUGAUCAAUGAUAAUUUCAGGGCAGAGACUUUAAGGUCUAGCAUGGAUCACCUAAACAAUGAGGCAAAGGAAGAACUUCAAAGUAUCUUCCCUCUAUCUCAAGAGAACUUCAGCUUCGGAAACGCAUUGGAAAGGUUUCUUGCACUGGAAAUAGAAUUUGCUGAAGCAUUGCGUGGAAAGAAAAAAGCAACCAUCCAUUUCCAGAGCUCUUACUUGAAGCAACAAACUGAUGAUGAAGCAAUCUUCCAGAAUUUUAAGAGACAGAAACAAUCUAAUUGAAGAAAUGCUGGAGACCAAAGCCCGAUAAUCGUCUCUGGAGACAGAGCUUAGGGGAAUGCAUGACCGUUAUUCUCAGCUAAGCCUCAAGUUUGCAGAGGUUUGUAGUGAUGUAUAUUCAAUGAAAGAAAAGCUUAGUU